AUGCACUCUGCUUGCCGUGACAAUGAAGAUGGGAAACACUGUAUGUUAACAGAUAAUGACGAGCAGUCCUUCUCAAUGCCUUCUGCCGAAGCAGCUGUAAAAAGGCAAAGGAAAGGAAUUUAUGAUGAAGCAUUAAGCAGUUUCUUUAGGAACGUAGAUACAAGAAGUGGUGGUGAUGGUCCUGAUAUUUACAAAGGAAAAAUCUGCUCUUUAAAAGCACGAGCACUGCUGAUUGACAUGGAGGAGGGUGUGGUAAAUGAAAUUCUGCAGGGACCACUGAGGGAUGUGUUUGAUAGCAAGCAGCUUAUCACAGAUGUUUCUGGUUCAGGAAACAACUGGGCUGUAGGUCAUAAGCUAUAUGGCUGUCAGUACCGGGAAAACAUUGUGGAAAAGCUGAGGAAAACCGCAGAACACUGUGACUGUCUACAGUGUUUUUUUAUAAUUCAUUCUAUGGGUGGUGGGACAGGAUCUGGUCUUGGAACUUUUGUACUAAAUUUGCUUGAGGAUGAAUUCCCAGAAGUAUAUAGAUUUGUUACUUCAGUUUAUCCGUCUGGUGAAGAUGAUGUUAUUACUUCUCCAUAUAACAGUGUUCUGGCUAUGAAGGAGCUUAAUGAACAUGCAGACUGUGUACUACCAAUAGAGAAUGAAUCUCUGUUUGAUAUAGUUAAUAAAAUUCAUCAGAUGACCAGUUCUGGGAAGCUAGGGUCAACUGUGAAGCAAAACAGCUUGGUAACAUCAAGUGCAGGCAGUGCAAAAACUGUACAACAGAAGCCAUUUGACGCCAUGAAUAAUAUUGUAGCCAACUUAUUGCUGAACCUGACAAGCUCUGCUAGGUUUGAAGGUUCCCUUAACAUGGAUCUUAAUGAAAUCAGCAUGAAUUUGGUUCCAUUUCCUCGACUUCAUUACUUGGUUUCAAGCUUGACUCCUUUGUAUACAUUGGCCGAUGUUAAUGUACUAUCUAGAAGGUUGGAUCAGAUGUUUUCAGAUGCUUUUAGUAGAGAUCAUCAGCUAAUUCAAGCAGAUCCGAAGCAUAGCCUCUACCUUGCCUGUGCACUUCUCGUUCGAGGAAAUGUGCAGGUUUCAGACCUUCGUAGAAAUAUUGAAAGGUUGAAGCCUUCCCUGCACUUUGUCUCCUGGAAUCAAGAGGGCUGGAAAACUGGUUUGUGUUCAGUACCUCCGGUGGGCCAUUCCCAUUCCCUUCUGGCUUUAGCAAACAACACUUGUGUAAAACCGACUUUCAUUGAACUCAAAGACAGAUUUAUGAAGCUCUACAAGAAGAAGGCUCACCUUCACCAUUAUCUGCAUAUAGAUGGGAUGGAGCAAAGCUGUUUUUCUGAAGCCAUAUCGUCUUUGUCUGACCUAAUAGAAGAGUACAAUGAACUGGAUGCCACAAAAGGUGGGCCUAGAACAGAUCCAUCAAGACUGAAGAUAGCUGUUUAAAGAAGGAAGAACUGAUACUUUAAAAAACCACAACUUUGCCCAAGCAUCCAACCACUUCAGUUAACCAGAAUGAAUUGCAGCGUGCCUAGCUAUUGUAAUUCCAAAGUGAGACUGGGACAAGGGCUUCCGCAGCUCUGAGAGGUAUCAUAUUGAGUGACAGGCCUGGCCCAUAAGAAAGGUUCGAAGGCACCUAAUUAU